AUGUCAGAAACUUCACCUCAAAACAAAUAUGUAUUUUUUGAUUUUGAAACGACUGGAUUAUGGAAGAAUGAUGAUCCACCAAAAAUUACGGAAUAUUGUUUUGUGGACGUUUUGACUGGAGCUGUUUUGUAUGGCUUAAUUAAUCCUGGAAAAGUGAUUUCUAACCAAGCACAAUCAAUUACAGGACUUAACUUGAAUAGUUUAAGAUCAAAAUUGCCUAUUGAAGGGCAUGUGAAUGAUAUUAUCCAAUUUUUAAACAAUAACUCUCAAGGAAAAACUUACUUAAUAGCUCAUAAUGGAGACCGUUUGGAUUUUAAAGUUUUUGCCAAAGAAUUUUUCGGAAAGUUUUCUGAAUUUAAUCAUGACAAUAUUGUCUUUGUUGAUUCUCUCCGAUUAAUGAAAUCAGAAUCGACUUUACACAAUUGUCUUCCUCGGAAAAUGACAAAGAAAGGGAAAUCUAAACCAGUUUUUGCUGAGGAUGUAUUAAUUGAACACUUUAAUUUAGGAAAUGUCAACAAUUCACAUUGUGCAUUUUAUGAUGUUAUUGGAUUGCUUAAUAUUUUGAUCAAGUUUUAUGGUAAUCUCGACGAUGCAUUGAAAGCUAUCGAGUGCUUCAAUACCAACCAACUUAAAAGGAAAAGAGAGAAAAUUAAUGACAAUAAUGAUGAUGAACACAAAGCAAAGAAGAAAGUUGGAUGUAGAUGUAAAAAAGGAAUGUUUGAAUUGUAA